GACGUCAACGACAGUUCGACGAGCAUGAGGCGCAUACUCAGUACGAGUUUAUUGGGGCUGACCAGAGUAUUUGGAAGAAAUCGGCCGUCUCGUGCCUCGUUUCCGGUCAAUUUCUGCAGGAAAUCGUCGACUGAGCGACCGACCAUGGACCUGAGUGACAUGCGGAAGAAAUACAAGGGAGAUGAGGAGUGCUUUGAGGAGAGCCAGCUCGUGUCUCUGGACCCCAUCAAACAGUUUGCCGACUGGUUCGAUCAGGCCACAAAGUGCCCCGAAAUCGGGGAGGCCAACGCCAUGUGCAUCGCCACGGCAACCAAAGACGGGCGGCCGUCAGCUCGCAUGGUCCUUCUCAAAGGUUACAGCCACGAGGGGUUUCGCUUCUUCACCAACUACCAGAGCAGAAAGGGCUCCGAGCUGGAGAGCAAUCCGUAUGCGUGUCUGGUCUUCUACUGGGAACCCCUCAACAGGCAGGUUCGCAUCGAGGGCACCGUGGAGCGAAUCCCCUCCCAGAGCUCCUGUGACUACUUCCGCUCCCGACCAAAGAGCAGCCAGAUCGGCGCCGUCGUGAGCCGCCAAAGCACUCCGGUCCCCGACAGAGACUAUCUGCGGCAGAAGAAUGCCGAGCUGGAGGAGAAGUACAAGGACACAGACGUGCCAAUGCCCGACUACUGGGGCGGCUACGUGGUCAAGCCUUCCGUGAUGGAGUUCUGGCAGGGUCAGACCAACCGGCUCCACGACCGCAUCGUCUUCAGCCGCCCGAGGGACGGAGCGCCUGAGCCGGGGGAGCUGCAGCGCGCCGCAGAGGGCGGCUGGGUGUACCAGCGUCUCUCCCCGUGAGGGGAGACCCCCGACAGGAGGAGGAGGAGGAAAGCUGCCGCUGUGUGUAGCAUCUACAUCUAUCACCUCGUCGUUUUUUGUUUUUUUUGUUCUCAACAAAUAUUUUGGUGGUUGCCACGGCAACAGAGGUGUUACGCAACCGCACGGUGAGCAAGCAGACGCCGCGCGGCCUGCUCCUCCUUUUGUCAUCGGUGAUCGGCGGCGUUCCCAACGUGUCUCUCUGCCGUCUUCACUUCUGCCACUGAGGCGACUUUCUGUCCAUUUCAUACGUCGCCGUAAUUGGCAACGCUUCGGUCGCGCUGCCGGUGGUUCGAGUUGGUUCAAGUGUCUCGUGUUGUUCGGCAAUGUUUGUUUUCGACUUAUUUACAAAAGUGGACUGGAGCCAGUAAUAAAGUUUGAUUUGUAACCGAGGA